UUUGUUGCAAUGCAGUUCUCGCUAUGGACAUGUAUCUAUGGGAUCCUAGUGUUCCUUUCCUGGAAAAUAGGGUCGACCAUUUACGCGUAUAUUCGGAUGCGUAGGAAAUGUCUGAAACUACCUCAGAAGAAAUCGCAUUGGUUGUUUGGACAUUUAAAGGAGCUUAAGGGUGCUAAAGCCUAUAUGGAUUACGCACUAGAUAUGGCCAAAACCGAAAGUAAAGUGUACUGUUUAUGGAUUGGACCGACUCCUGUGGUGGGCGUGAGACACCCCGACACGUUUAGACAGCUGAUUGGUCAAGAGCACCGGAAGGCAAGGGGGCGAAUUGACGGAUAUAGGUUAUUGCAGGAAUGGAUGGGAGAAGGACUGUUGAUGAGCGAAGGACGGAAGUGGGAAAGAAGCCGGAAGCUGCUCACACCUGCCUUCCACUUCAGCAUUCUGUCUGGAUACGUUGACGUCAUGAACAGAGCGUCGGAUACUUUUCAGGAAAAAGUUCUUGACCAGAUGUCUGAGAGUGCCUCCAUGGACAUCUACCCUCUGGCCUGCAGGGCUACCCUCAAUACCAUGAUGAAAUGUUCCCUGUCCUUCGAUGGGUGUAUGCAGUCUACAGAAAACGAUGAUUAUGUCCAAGCUGUCCAACGUAUGUCGACAUUGUUAUGGAACCGGAUGUUAAACCCGUUCAUUCCUGCCUGGUUGUACAAACUAACACCUGAAGGUCGAGAAUGGAGCAGACUAAUAAAGCUGCUGCAAACCUUCACUGGAAAUAUCAUAGAGUCAAGGAGACAACUCUUGAAAGAGCAUCCGUUAGAGGUUGGUCAGUCCGACAGGAAGAGGCGGCUGGACUUUUUGGAUAUUCUGUUGACGGCUACGGAUGACCAGGGCAGAGGACUGGACAGGCAGGAAAUACAGGACGAGGUCGAUACGUUUACAUUUGAGGGACACGACACUACAGGAUCUGCCCUUGGCUGGGCAAUUUACGCCCUUGGCCAGAACCCAAAGAUCCAGGGAAAGGUCUAUAAAGAAGUCAUCACUGUCCUAGAAGACAGAACACAUGUCAAACUUGAGGACAUUCGGUUAUUCACGUACCUGUCCCAAUAUAUCAAAGAGGUCAUGCGCGUAUACAGCCCCGUCCCGAUGAUUGCCCGCAGAAGCGCAAAGACUCUGGUGUUAGACGGCUUUGAGAUACCACCCGGUAUAAGGAUUGAUAUUAAUAUUCAUGCCACCCACCAUAAUCCUGCAGUCUGGGACAAACCAGAGGAGUUCAAUCCAGAUCGGUAUGGCGCCGACAACAAGGACGAAAACGAUACGUUUGGCUUCAUACCCUUCUCUGCUGGCUCAAGGAACUGUAUCGGACAGGUGUUCGCAUUGAAUGAACUCAAGAUAUGUCUGGCCAAGUUCGUGAAGAGGUUCGAAGUGUUUCCAGACCCGGGACACAAACCUGAAAUGGUGCCGGACAUCGUCACAAGAUCUACAACAGGGCUGAAAGUCAUUAUCAAGAAACGGUGUUAGGGACAGUUAAUUUAUUGUGUUGUUUAAAAAGAAAGAUGUAUAUAAUUGCACAUAAUUUAAUAUGACAUUAAUAUUUUCCAUGUUGUUUUGUACGAUUUAAAUCCAAAAUCGACCAAAUAUAAUUCAAACAUAUUUAGAAUUGAUAUGUUAACAUAACGUGUAUAUAUAUAAAAGAUAAGGCCCUAAACAAUGUCAAAUUUAACUAAAAUAUUUGACUCUAUAUAUUUAUAAUGAUAUUUGUUCAAGUCAUACUCUUAUUUAUUUAUUGAAAUAUCAUUUUAUCAAUUUUGAUUUUUUUGUUAAAAAAGCAGACGUUAUCUUUGUUAAGUAAACAGAAUCCACGUAAAUUCUGGAAACAUAUUAAGAAAUAUAAAAAGGCAAUGUUUCUCUUGGUGUAAAACAAGGUGAACCACUUUCUCCAUUAUUAUUUAUUUUAUUUAUCAAUGAUAUUAGUGAGUCGAUUGAUUUUGAAAACUUAACCGCUAAAGAUAUAGAAUUGUUGUCUGUAUGUUUGUUGCUGUUUGCAGAUGAUAUUGCGCUUUUCAGUACGGACCCCAAUAGGUUGCAAGCAUUGUUAGAUAAUGUGUAUAUUUAUUCUCAUAAAUGGGGUCUGAAAAUUAAUGUAAAUAAGACAAAAGUGUGAAUAUUUGAAAAACGUAAAUCCAGACACAUGUUUGUGUGGACAGUGAACGGUGAAAUCAUUGACCUUGUUGACUCGUUUAUAUAUCUUGGAAUUAAAUUCCAUUACACUGGGAAUAUGAAAUAUGUUGUACAAACAUUGCAUGAACAAGCACUUAAAGCCUAUCAUAGUCUAUUGUCUAUAAUUAGCAAAGUUCAUCUUGAUGUUAAAUCUAAACUAAAACUAUUUGAUUCACUCAUUUCCCCCAUUCUGAUGUAUGGCUCUGAAAUAUGGGGCAUUUAUAAUUAUAAAGAAGUUGAUAGAUUACAUCUUAAAUUUUGCAAAAACCUGCUGGGUGUCAAACCUCAGACUUCUAGUGCAGCAGUUCUUGGAGAACUGGGUAGAUAUCCAUUGUUUGUUAAAUGUAAGGAACGUGCACUAAGGUAUUAGUUAAAAAUAAUGAAAAAUACUGAUAACCCUAUAUAUAUGUUUCAUUCAGAACAGUUACAAGUUGUACACUUAAAUAGCAAUAAUUCUUGGGCUUUUGCUUCAAAAACAUUGUUAGACAACAUGGGAUUCAGUGAUACCUUCACAGCUUUCAAUAAUGAUGUUAAUUACUUACCUCUGUUUAAACAAAGAUUGUAUGACCAGUAUAAACAGGAGUGGAACACAACUGUAGCUAGCCAAUCAAAACUAGAUUUUUAUAGACUAUUUAAAAGUGAGCUUAAAUUUGAAAAAUAUAUUGAUGUUAUUAAUAAUGAUUUUAUUAGAAAAGAAAUGUCGAAAUUACGUUUGUGUUCUCACUCUUUGGAAAUUGAAACGGGCAGAUAUCUAAAUAUUGAUAGAAAUGCUAGACUUUGUAAAUGUUGUAAUUUGAGAGUAGUAGAAUCCGAAUACCAUUUUAUUUUAUGCUGCCCACUUUAUCGUACUUUAAGACUAAAAUAUUGUAUAAAUGUAGCAUUCCCGACUAUUCAAAAGUUUAUUAAGUUAAUGUCGUGUGAAAAAUCAAAAACAAUUAGAAAUGUUUCUAAAUAUAUUCAUCAUGCUAUGCUAAAUAGACAAGAACAGCUUGAUAAUAUACCUGCUUCUUAACUUUUGCUUAAUAUAUAUCUAUAUGUUCUUUAAAAACAUGUACUCCUUAUAACUAUAUAUGUAAUUGUGUUGUAAAAAAUAUCAUUCGGCCGUCUGUACAAUGUUAAAUAUGUUUAAUGGCCAAAGGUAUUGUUAUA